AUGACGUCAAAGCGCCAGUUGUUGAAGAUCAUCAUCCUUGGCGACAGUGGGGUCGGAAAAACGUCGCUUAUGCAUCAGUAUGUAAACAAAAAGUUUGACAGUCGUUAUAAGGCCACCAUUGGUGCCGACUUUCUCACGAAGGACUUGGAGCUAAAUGGACAGGUGGUAACGCUGCAGAUUUGGGACACGGCCGGGCAGGAGCGGUUUCAGUCGCUCGGUUCUGCCUUCUACCGCGGCGCGGACGCCUGCAUCCUCGUCUUUGAUGUCACGCAGCAGGAGUCCUUUUCCCACAUAGGCGCCUGGCUGGAGGAGUUCAACAUUCAGGCGGGCAAGCGUGACAGUGUGCUGAUCGGAAACAAGACAGACCUCGCGGAUCGUCGGCAGGUGGCAAGCAAGGUUGCACAGGCAUGGUGCGUGGCGCAGAGCGGUGACGCCGCCGCUGCUGCUGGUGACGGCAACGGGGGCAGCAACACCACCAGCGGAGCGGGAGGAUGUUGUAUGCGGUACUUUGAGACCUCUGCAAAGGAGAACACGGGGGUGGAGGAGGCAUUUCUCGCCAUUGCCACAGCUGCUCUGGCCCAAAGAGCAGCGGUGGAGGAGGAUGUAGUGCUGCCGCAGUCCGUCAACCUCAACCAGCCCGCACCGCAGGAUAAUCACAGCUCCUGCCCCUGCUGA